UUGCUAAAUUUGUAGGUAAAGUAUCUAUAGAUAAUAUAACAUAACAAAUAGUUAAUUAAUAAAAUGGAUGACACAAAUAAACGAUGUUUAGUCUGUGAGGAUAAAUCUAAUGGCCGUAAUUUUGGAGCACAAACUUGUGAAUCAUGUAAAGCAUAUUUUAGAAGAAAUGCCCAUCGAUUUGAAGAAUACGAGUGUAAAAAUGAUAAUAAAUGUACUGUAAGUCUACUUACCCGUACAUUUUGUAGGGCUUGUCGUCUCAAAAAAUGUUUUGAUGUCGGAAUGAGAGAAGAUUGGAUUAUGAGUGACAGUGAAAGAAAUGCCAGAAAAUUAAGACUUAAAAAAAGACAAAAACUUGAGGAAAAUGAUACUAAAAACGAUUGUUCGCAACAAAGUUACGAUUCUUUGUCAGAUUCGUCAUCUAAUUCUGAUCUAUCUAUCAAAUCGUUAUCUAAUGAUAAAAGCAAUUCAUUAGUUGUUUAUAAAAACUUAGAAAAUAAUUUGUUUAACGACGACAAUGAUUGCGAUUUAUCUGAAUUUCUGAUAUUUUCUGUUCCCAAAUCAAUAACCGAUUAUAACAAUUGUUUUAAUGAAAAAGAGUUCAGUUAUCUGAAUGAGCUGUUGUCGGCCACUCAACACUUGCAGCGAAAUUUCAUUCCGAUAGUGACCACUGAGUCCACAAAUUUGGAGACAAUAUUCACAUUUAUUUUAAACAAAGGAGAGAGUGAUAUGUCUAAAAUGAUUACCGUUUGUAAUAAUCUUCGAGCAUUUAAAACCAUUUCUGAUGACAACCAGAUCUGUCUUCUUAAGAUAGGUUUAUUGCAAAUGAUUUUAUUGCGAUCUAUUGAUAUUUACGACAAACACACAAACUCUUGGUGUGCUUUUAAGGAUAACGAAUCGAUGAAAAUUAAUUUGGAAUUUUGGAAAUGGAGUAAUAAAACUUAUAUUUAUUCAUUAUAUGAACAAUACUAUGAAAAUACAUUCACCGCAUGGGAUGGCGAUCCCAUUAUUAUCGAUAUGCUAAUGGUUAUACUGCUUUUCAAUCCAAACAGAAAUAAUUUGACGGAUAAAGUAGUUGUAAAAUUACAACGAAAUAUUUAUGUAUAUUUACUUCGACGAUAUCUAACAAUUAAAUAUCAGUCAGAAAUUGAGGCAAAGAAAAGACUCUUAGUUUUAAUGAAAUCAUUGAAAAUUGUUGAAAAUUUGGGUUUAAUUCAAGCGACUAAUUAUAUUAAUCACAGAAAUCAACCGCAAAGUGAUCUUAAAUUAAUGAAUGAAGUUUGCAGUAUUUAAAUGGUCACUCUCUCACCGUAAGUACCUAAAGACCAACAGUGCUGUCACUAAUGUACAGCAAUUGCGCUGAUGAAGGACAGAGACAAUUACUGUCCGAAACAAUAUUGCAAUAAUUUGUCCGCAAUUAAGGCCGAAGACA